AUGGGAGAUCUUUUAGAAGAUGAUGUGGAAUUCCGUGGAGGUACGCUGGAACUUUCUACUGAAAAUGGUGGUGCAGGAAAUCCGGAAAAUAGAAGCAAAGGUGUGACGCCAAGUCAUAAUAAAAUAAAAACUCCAUUAAACGCAAAUCCAUCCGUGUUAUCUGGUGCUGAUUCUCUAUCUUCUUCGGCAUCUUCGUUUGCAGAUGCAAGACAGGAUCAAAGCACGUCAAAUAAUGAGAAUGCACCACAACAAGCUCACACUGUGUACCCAAGAUAUGAUGUUCCCUUUGACAAGGAUAAUAUUAAGGACUUCUUUACAUUCCGCAGGGGUGUUGUGGAAAAUGCUAUACAGGAAUGCAUUACUGCUUUAUUGUUUCCCGAAGAUGGGGAAUAUCUGGGGUCUUGGCUGUUGACCGAAAUCACACUUUGGGACAACGAAAAAGAGAGGAUUGUCCUAUUAACAUCACGGCUAGUAAUGACAAUAAAGUAUGAUUUCAUUGCGAUGAAGCAACUGGACUUUCGGAAGACAUACCUAGAUGAUUUAGACACUGUUGUUAUUGGAGAAUUAGUGUAUCCACCAUCAUCUUUAGUUCCUCGUCUUAACGGUUUCGCGACGGGCGUGACUACCGUGGUCAAAGACUGCGUGAUAGACCGCCUCUGCCGCAGGCCCGCCGCCGCCGACGACAGCGCUAAACCGUUCGAUCCCAAAUACUUUGAACCUAGGGAGCGUAACCUCCGCGGGGUCCGUAUGAUGUGGAAUAAGGGGGAGCCGCUGCCUCUGAAGACGGUGUGGAACCCGUUCAGCCAAGAUGUGCCAUUUAUCACUUUCGCUUCACACCCUAUAUAUUGGCAUAAAGACGGUGGCGCGGAAGAGAGAUCCACCUACGACAUGGAGACCUUCGCCCAAAAGCUGCAGCGGGCCAUAGAGGGCAUGCCGUCGAGCUCGUGCUGCAUCCACCACUCGCCCAUUGUGAUACAGAGCUACCUCGGCAUCACGUCACUGCUACACAAUAAGACGAGCAUGGGCUUUUUCAAAGUGCGAGGGAAGUUCAGCUUCUAGGUCGUUUUCGUCAGUUUUGAGGGUAGUCAGCGGUUGCGUUUUGUUUAACUGAGCUGGUGGUUCGGUGAUGGUAAGCGAUCACUACCGCCCAUGAACGCCCCUUCACACACACUCUGCCAAUGUGUUGCUCACACUUAAGGGGUUAAGGAUAAGGAAAGGAUAGACAAUGGGAAUUUAGGAAUGAACUGGGAAGAGGCGUGUUUAUUGUUGCCAUAUAUAUAUAUUUUGUGGGAUGGUUAUAGAUACAUUUUGUACAGAUAGACCUUCGAUUAGGGGCACUUCGUAUGGGCCUUAAUCGUGAAUUUGUCUCGGGGCCUCCAACUCAUGUCAUGGUCAUGUCAGGUCAAGUGUUGUUAUAUGUUAUGAUUGAUGAAAUUCACAUUAAAAAUAAAAAAGUGGUGGCUCAGUGCUCAGUGGACCUCGGACUUUAAGUCGGGGGUUCGAGACCAGGUGAGCGGUGAGAAAUGAGGUGCUGGAAAAUAAAUUUUUCAAUUUAUCUGCGCAUGUGGAUAACAUCACCACUGCUCGAAACGAUGAAGGAAAAUAUCGUGAGGAAACCGAUAUGUCCGAGAAUUAAAAGUGAGACGACAUGUGACAUCUGCCAACCCGCACUUGGCCAGCGUGGUGGAUUAUGGCCUGAUAGAUAGAAGGCCUGUGUCCCAGCAGUGGGAACAUAUAUGGGCUGAUGAUGAUAUCGAUUACAUAGAAUGAUGUAUUAAAACCGUUGCGUUGAAUCGAAAAAGGUACAAACUUCUAGGAAAUGUGUUAGAGUUGGCUUGGACACCAAAAAAAAAAAAAUUUUUAAAUAUUACCGCAAAAAUUUUUCAAAGUUUAAAUUUAGUAAGGAAUAGAAGGGGAUUGGAGGUUAUACCGUUCUCUAGCUGUUAGAUUUGCGAUAUAUUCAUUAUAAAUUACGUACUUGCAUCGUAUGUGUUUUUUAAGAUCGUUGAUUUUAGUUGUAAAUUUAAUUAAUGUGUGUAACAUAUUUUUCUCGCUAUUUCGCAUUUGAGAUAUAAAACAUUCUUAAAACAUAGUUCAUAUUACUAGCUAAUUGAAUGCGCCUUAUGUAUGUAUGUCUUCAUAAGAUUUUUAUUUUUUUAUAAAAUCGUAGCGUUUUCUUUUCUCCAUAGGGAUAUUUGUUUAUUCUUAUUUAAAAAUACUGGUGAGAAAAUGCUCAAAAUAUUACGUAAGAUUGUCAUAUGUAUUAAAUUUAAAAUAUCUAUUUAUUUUACUUGAUAAUUAUAUUUAUUAUCUGUGAUAUUGGGUUAUUGGGCACCUGUUCUAUGAUUGAAAUUAUUUGUUUUUUGAGUGAGAAAUUUUAUAUAGUGAAUGUGUAUCAUUUAAUAUUUAACUUGUUUUGUUCAUGUCACAGUUAAAGCCUGCUUUUCGUCGGAACGCGUUUUUCCUAGUUAGAACUUGUGUUAAAACUAGUUUUAGUUAAAUUGAAUGUUAGUUAAAUCAAAACUUCAUAGUUCUUAUUGUGAAAACGUCUUUUAAAAGCGAGUCAGUUAGGUGUAUGGGUUUUAUUUGGUAUAUGGUAAAGAGACAUAAUAAACGGAAAUUUUAAACAUUUAUGUUUUUAGUGUAAGAAUAUAUUCUUAAUAUUUUUUUUCUUUAAUGAUAAGAAAAACAAGUAGUAGUAUGGUAGAUUGUUAUUGCUAGUUAGUUUUAACAAAAGUGACAAAUAAGCUAUGUCUAGGGAAAACGCAAUCUGACGAAAAACAAAUUUUAACGGUAGCAUUUAUAACGAAAUAAAUAUUUAAAAAUGUUAUUAAAUCGUAUGUCAGUUAUCUUAAAUAUGUGUUAGUUACUGUAGCAACUCAAUCAAUCAAUUUUAUUAUGAUUGAUUUAUAAUUACAAAUGAGAUUAGUAAAUAUUUGUCUAAUGAUUAAAUAUAUAUUUUUAUUAAUAGUUAAGUACUAAUUGAGUAGUACAAAUUUAGAUCAGAUAUUAUGUUUUGUGUAAUUUAAAUUACAACAAACGUAUAAUAUAGCAUUUUAUGUACAUAUUUUUUUUGUUAUCAAGUACAAAAUUCAGAUGAUAGUACUGUUUAAAAUAAUUUUCAUUGUAAAGUUAUAUAUAAUAUCGAUGUUAAUAAUAUAUUUCAAUUGCGUGAUAAUAUUGUUAUAAACUAAAGUAUAUAUGAAUGAAUUAAUGGAUGAAUAUCAUAUAGUGUUGCUAGAUGUAUUAAAAAGAGAUAUUCACUUUACUGUUGUACCAUAUAAAGUAAAGUAGCUUUCGUAUAAUUAUUGUAAAUCUAAUGUUAUAAAUCAAGUAAAAUAUUCCUUAUCAAUAAUUACGAUUGAAUGCUUAUAUAUAUAAUAUGUAAUAACAAAACAAUAAGCUAGAUAAAAUUCUGUAUAUUUAUAAUCGUAGUUAUUACCAAGAAAUGCAAUCAAUCGUAAAAACCCGAAUGAUAAUAAGUGUUGGUGUCACAUUUAAUUGUUUAUAUGAAAUAACAAUUAUUAUUAAACUAAAAUGUUUACGUUUACGUUUUGAAUUAAUGUUGAUAUUAUUUUGAUACCUACAAAAUUUUCAAAUCUAUAAAACAAUAUUA